AUGAAUUUCAAGCGUGAAACUGAUUUGUUCGCUCGUUUUCGUCUUUCUUCGCAUAAUUCAAGUUUAACACAUUUUGAUCGCACUUUAAACGAGCAGAACGCUUUGACAACGUCAUUGAUUACAUACUUAAACAUGGCGGAAAGUUAUUUAACAACAGAUAUUAUUGUAAUUAUUGUUUUAACCAUCCUCGUCGUUCUCAUUGGUAUUUGCGCGUUCCUUGUUCAUUUCUACUGGACGAAAAUCGGCAUUGCAGAAAUUUGGAAUACCGCCAAAUGGAGUUCUAUGCGCAGUUCCAUCUACCAGAAGGUGCGCAACUUCAGCCGACCAUCAACAGCAAAAUCACUCGAUCAAGAAUCGUUAGCUCGAGUUUCUAUACAUUCCAAUGAUGCCGCUCAUCUUUCUCUCCAAAACAAAAAGUCAAGCCCAAUGAUAACGGCUUAUCACACGCCAACGUAUGUUACACAUAUAAACUCGAAUCAGUCGACUAAACUAGCGUCGGUGAUGCCGUACAGUGAACCAGCACGCCCGAAGUACCAUGGGAGAAAGCAUGGCCGUGCGAUAGAUAAUGCGGGAGUUUAUAAUAGUUAUUCGUCGAAUAAUAAUCGAUCUAAUGAUUUAGCUAGUACGAUACAAAAACAACGGUUUUAA